AUGGCCGUCAAAAUAUCACUAUUCACUGCCGACCUCCUCCGCGCCGCCGCCGCCUGCAAGCCCUUCCUCUGCGCCGCACGCAGCGCGCCGUUUCUCCGCCGCUUCCGCCGCCGCCACCCGUCCUCCUGCCCGCACCUCCUCGGAUGCGUCAUCCUCAUCCCCAACCGCCUCCCCAUCUCUCCCCCAUUAUCAUCAUCAUCAUCAUCAUCAUCAUCAUCCUCGUCCGCGGCUUCGGCUGCCAACGGCUGCGGCGGCGACUUCGCCCUGUCCUUCCUCCCGGGCGGCGGCUGGCUGGGCCGGGGCCCCGCCACGUGGGAGCACCUGGACUGCCGGAAUGGCCGCGUCCUCCUCAAGAACAAGGGGUCCCAGGAGCUCGCCGUCGCGGACCCGGUCUCCCGCCGGUGCGUCUCCCUCCCGACGCCCCCCGCCGGGCGCGCCGUUGGUUACGGCCUCUUCACCGACCACGGCGACUCCUCGGAGUUCCGCGUGGUCUGCGUCUCGCGGGACACCGCCUCAGGCGAGCUGCGUGCGCUGUUCCUGUCCUCCGGCGAGCUCGCCUGGGCCGACGUCGCCGGCGUCGAGUGCCAGACCGAUCUCGCCGCCGGUUCCCGUGCGAUGCAGGCAAACCGUUCGCUUUACUGGAGACUCGACGGCGGGGAGCGCAUGGUGGCCUUCAGCACGGCGUCCAUGGAGUUCUCGGUCCUGGACCUCCCGCCUGACUUGCGGGAGCUCAGCUUCGAUGCUGUUGACAGGGGGGAAGAGGAGGAUGUCAAUGUGCUCCAUCUGGUCACCAUGAGGGGCUUCCGCAUUGAGCUGUGGGCUGGCACGGUGGACGGUGACGGUGGGAUAGCGUGGAGGCGGGUGGAGAAGUCGGUGAGGUUCCACAAGGUGCCGACGGAGAUGAUCAAUCCUUCGGUGGAUUCGUACCAGCACGAGCUGGAUGUCAUCGGAGUGGCUGCUGGCGUUCUGUUCUUGCGGCAGUGGAAUCAUCUAUUCUCCAUUGAUCUUGAAACCAUGAGGCUCAAGAUGUUGCCCAAUGAGGAUUGCGCGGAGGCACUGAUCUAUCCUUACACGAUCGCAUGGCCGCCUUCUUUCUUGAAUCAGCAGGACAAGGCGGGGAACUAGUCUGUGGUGGGUACCUCGCACAACUCUGAGUAAUAAUCUGCAUAUACACAACAAGACAAGGCGGGGAACUAGUCUGUGGAAUAGGCUUCUUUUGACACCAAGCUCCAGCGUGUGGUGAGGAGUUUGGCAGAGUCAAUGGUGGAAAAGGAAGGAACUUGAUUAUCCGGAAUGAAGUCUUAGAAAUUAUCACUGCUCAACUGCUCUAGUUGUGCUUACAAGUUUCUGCCUUGUAUGUAUCCUGUAUUUGUUUUCUAGGUUGGUAAAUUGUUCUCAAAUUCUGUCUGCUGUUGCUCUAGUAGUAAAUAUUAUUCCAUCUUGAAGUGUUGUAUUUAGUUUGUUAAAAUAAGGUUGGCAGAAGCUUCGUACUGUUCAUAUAGUUAUAUUGUGCUGAUUUAUGUAUCACUUCAUACUGUUCAUUAAGAAAUGACAGACCUAUUUCAGUUGGACUUGGUAUUA